AUGACUUCAGCUUCAUGUGCUCCUGGUGAAGAGCGCUUCCUGUUCCUGGUCACAACCGUCGACGCAGGGUCCCUUUUCUCUCUCGACUUGCCUUGCCGUCUCCCGCUCACGGCACUGAUGAGAACCCUUGCAACUCCCAGGGUUGUCCGCUGCGAUGAACACGAUGGCGGACAUGGCAGCCACACCAACGAUUACCAGCAUGAACUGCAGCAUUUUCGCAUUUGCCAUCCAGAUCCACUUCCCACAGUAUGGAGGCUGGGAACUUGGCAGCGCAUCUCCAGCUCAUCGACGAUUCCAAUCGCAUCCCAGUUCACGCCACAGUUCAUCCACCCCUGCUGCAGCAACUACCCGCGUCUGUCUCACAUCACUGAGUGGGGAGCUCCCAAGAAGGAGCUGACGCCCCGCUCCAGCUUGAUGUUUGUGACGCAAUGCUCCUCCGGUUCGCUGCUGCUCGUCGUACACAGUGCUCUCCGCAGCCACCAAAGCAGGUUUCUGGGCCCCAUCGACGACCAUUGCGGCGAACUCUACGUCAUGCUGCAAAACCCGUCCAUGACCCCCGUUGAUGUUCCAUAA